CCUUCCUAACCAGUGGCACCGCAAGAGUGUUCGAAAAGGCUUCAACUUCAAUGUUAUGGUUGUUGGUAAGUAGAAGCUUUGCUAGAGCUUUAGACACAUGAUCCUUAACCGAUUGUUUUCAGGUGAAUCUGGCCUGGGUAAAUCUACGCUGGUCAACACGCUUUUCAACACUUCACUAUACCCUCCUAAGGACCGCAAGGGGCCUAGCCUUGACAUAAUACCCAAGACAGUCUCUAUUCAAUCUAUCAGCGCCGACAUUGAGGAGGCUGGUGUCCGUCUGCGCCUGACUGUGGUUGACACACCUGGUUUUGGUGAUUUCGUCAACAAUGACGAGUCCUGGAGGCCCAUUGUCGACAACAUUGAGCAGCGUUAUGAUGCCUAUCUGGAUGCUGAAAAUAAGGUAAACCGCAUGAACAUUGUGGAUAACCGAAUCCACGCCUGUGUAUUCUUCAUCCAGCCCACUGGCCAUUCGUUGAAGCCCCUGGAUAUCGAAGUUAUGCGCCGUCUGCAUACCAAAGUCAACUUGAUUCCCGUCAUUGCCAAGUCAGAUACCCUUACUGAUGAGGAGAUUACUAGCUUCAAGUCUAGAAUCCUCGCCGAUAUCAAACACCACGGCAUCCAAAUUUUCGAAGGUCCUCGCUACGAGUUAGACGAUGAAGAGACUAUUGCUGAGAACAAUGAGAUUAUGUCCAAGGUACCUUUUGCUGUCGUCGGUAGCAACGACGAGGUUACCAACGCCGAUGGGCGCCAAGUUCGCGGUCGACGCUACCCAUGGGGUAUUAUUGAAGUAGAUAACGAAGAACACUGUGAUUUCGUUAAGCUCCGCCAAAUGCUCAUUCGAACACACAUGGAGGAACUCAAGGAGCAUACUAACAACAACUUGUACGAAAACUACAGAACAGACAAACUUACUGCUAUGGGCGUUACCCAGGACCACAGCGUGUUCAAGGAGGUCAACCCCGCCGUCAAGCAAGAGGAAGAGCGCGCUCUACACGAACAGAAGCUCGCUAAGAUGGAGGCCGAGAUGAAGCUGGUUUUCCAGCAGAAGGUUUCAGAGAAGGAAAGCAAGCUGAAACAGAGCGAAGAAGAGCUAUAUGCCCGUCAUCGCGAGAUGAAAGAACAACUGGAACGACAACGGUUAGAACUCGAAGAGAAGAAGGCCAGAGUCGAAAGCGGCAAGCCGAUAGAGAAGGAAGGCAAGCGCAAGGGUUUCUCCCUACGCUAGGCUCUUCACGACAUCUGUUUUCAGUAUACGUGCCACGCCCGAGUCUUCAUGAUGCCUGUUCUAUACCAGCCUGCCAUAUUUCUUUUUUCACUUCUCUCCGUCUAUUCAUCUUCUUCGCUUUUAAUUCCCACUUAAUCAACCUC